CCCUCGACCCUGAAGCGCACGAUCCCCUCCGGCGAUCGCUACGUCGAGAUCAAGUCCAAGCUCCGCGAGCUCAACCUCUCGACCGUGUGCGAGGAAGCCAAGUGCCCGAACCUCGGCGAGUGCUGGGGCGGCGGCGAGGGCCAGACCGCGACGGCGACGAUCAUGAUCAUGGGCGACACGUGCACGCGCGCGUGUCGAUUCUGCGCGGUGAAGACGUCGAGGGCGCCGCCGCCGCUCGACGCCGACGAGCCCGCCAACGUCGCCAAGGCGAUAGCCGCGUGGGGUCUCGACUACGUCGUUCUCACCUCCGUCGAUCGCGACGAGCUGCCGGACCAGGGCGCGGGGCACAUCGCGGAGACGGUGCGGCGGCUGAAGGCGGACGCGCCGGGCGUGCUCGUGGAGGCGUUGACGCCGGAUUUCCGCGGCGACCGCGACCUCGUGACGACGGUGGCGACGUCGGGCGUCGACGUCUUCGCGCACAACGUGGAGACCGUGCCGGAGCUGCAGGCGCACGUGCGCGACCGGAGGGCGAACUGGGCGCAGAGCGUGGACGUGCUGAGGACGGCGAAGGCGGCGGGCGCGGGGAUCACGAAGACGAGCGUGAUGCUCGGUCUCGGCGAGACGCGCGAACAGGUGGUGAACUGUCUCGAGCUGCUGAGAGAGGCGGAUGUGGACGUGGUGACGUUCGGGCAGUACAUGCGGCCGACGAAACGGCACCUGCCGGUCGCGGAGUACGUCACCCCGGAGGCGUUCGAGGCGUACAAGGUGAUCGCGGAGGGCAUGGGGUUCCUGUACGUCGCGUCCGGGCCGAUGGUUCGGAGCAGUUACAAAGCCGGGGAGUACUUCCUCGAAAACGUGUUGAAGCAGCGCAGAGCCGCGGCGGCGGCGGGAGAGGGAACGAAGGAGGCCGCGAGGGCCUCCGCGUAG